UUAUAUAUUUUUCCCAUGGUCAAUUACAUGUACCUUUUUAAUAUUCGGAAACUCCAAAAAGAGUACUUUUUGAUAAUUUAUUCUUUGCUUUUGGUGUUUUUCGUAAUUUAUAGAACUCCAGAGUGGCUAAAGAAGAUGUUUGCAUCAGUUACUAAGAGUGAAAGGAAUGGCCCUGUAUUUCGUUUCUUCAUGGAUCUGGGUGAUGCUGUUUCUUAUGUAAAACGGCUGAAUAUACCCAGUGGUGUGGUUGGUGCCUGUCGUCUUGAUAUAGCCUAUGAACAUUUCAAGGAAAAACCUCAUUUAUUUCAAUUUAUUGCAAAUGAGAAACAGGUGAAGGAGGCAAACAAACUUCUUAAGACCAUGCUGCACCGUGAUAGGAAGAAGAAGGUGGAGGGAGUUCCUGUUUUUAGUGCUCAAAACUUGGAUAUUGCCAUAGCAACAUCUGACGGUAUAAAGUGGUAUACCCCGUACUUCUUUGACAAAAACAUGCUUGACAACAUUCUUGAAGAAUCUGCCGACCAGCAUUUCCAUUCGUUAAUUCAAACACGCCAUUUACAACGCCAACGGGAUAUUGUUGACGACAACCUUGCAGGCGACGUAAUUGAAGAGAUGACAGAAAGCAUGUUGGAACAUCCAGAGAUUCAGGAGGUGCUGGAUGAGAUGAGUAACCCUGGUAUACUCUUGAGUGCCAUAUCAAAGGCUGCUGAAAUUCAGCUUCAGUACGGGGUGGAUAAAAUUCUUCUUGGGAAUAGAUGGUUGCGAAAAGCCUCUGGAAUUCAACCUAAAUUCCCUUACGUGGUUGACUCAUUUGAGAGACGAAGUGCAGCUUCUUUUAUGAGAGCUCACGAGUCAUCCAACUUCAUUGCUGACUCUUCGUUCAUUGAUGACAAUGUUCAAAAUCUCAGAACUUCAGAGGUGGAAACAUUGGAUAAACAAGGAACGACUCCGAAUUUCCGUUUUCCAUUUGGAGAUUGGUCAAGUCACCCUUGGUCGAAGCAACAGCAAAGAGAGCACAGCGUCGCGGACAGAAGAGAAGUGAAUUCAACCCAGGAACACAGAAGACAAGACACAAAACUGUCCCCUUUCAUCCCGAAGGUCACCAUGGUCGGUGUCUCAACCGGAGAGUCGGGGCAAAUGAGUAAAACCACAUUAAGAAAGACGAUGGAUGAGCUAACGAAAGAGUUGGAACGAGUUGACGAGGGAGAUCCAAGUGGAUGUACAAGUAAUGAAUUUAAAUUUGAAGAGAGGGACCCACUCUUUGUAGCAAAUGUUGGUGACUAUUAUUCCGGUGUAUCGAACUCUGGUUCAGCUCGAUGGGUUCGAGGACGUUCAAAUUAGUGUAUUUCGAGUUUUUUCUCGUGUUACUGAAAGUUGUAAAUUAAUAUGGUAAUCCAUGGUUUAGUCGUACUUCUUGUGACUUGAGAUGGAUGUUCUAAAUUUCAUGAUUUAGUGUUCAAACGAGUUGUAUUAUGGGAGAUUGUGAUGACAAAUGUAGGGAUAAUACAUAAAAUUGUAAUAAUUGAAGUUCGUAUGAAUAAAAUCGAGGAUCGGAUUGCACAUUUCGAAGAA